CAGAGGCAGAGUGAGCUCGUUCGGGCUGGGCUGGGAUCUGAGCUCGCACAAACCUCUCCCCGGCAGACUCAUCCUUCCUGGGGGGAAGAGUCGGAGCCCCGAGCCCGCCGGCCAUGAGUCACCUCUACAGCCCCCACCUCUCCCCUAUGGGCUCUCCGUCCAUGCUGUACCUCCCUGCCGCGCUGGGCUUUGCCCCCAGCAGCGCAAUCACCCGGCAGGACCCUCCUCAGAAACCCCCCUACAGCUACAUCGCCCUCAUCGCCAUGGCCAUCAAAGAGGCUCCGGAGCAGAAGGUGACCCUCAGCGGUAUCUAUCAGUUCAUCAUGGACCGCUUCCCUUUUUACCACGACAACAAGCAGGGCUGGCAGAACAGCAUCCGCCACAACCUCUCCCUCAACGACUGCUUCGUCAAAGUGCCCCGGGAGAAGGGUCGGCCGGGGAAAGGCAGUUACUGGACCCUGGAUCCGCGCUGCUUGGACAUGUUCGAGAACGGUAACUAUCGCCGGAGGAAGAGGAAGCCCAAAGCUUCGGGGCCGCCGGAGGUUCGCAGCGGUUCGGCUCCCCCCGACGGCGUCCGCCCCGACGAACCCAAGCGGGCCAAAGGGAGCGAGGCGGAGCAGAGUCCGGCGGGGGAUUCGGCCGAUGAGGGGGUUGCGAGGCCG